AUGGAUAGCAAGGACAGUGGCACUCCGACUCAGUCGAAGCUGGCCCCUCAGCUGGCCCCUCAGCUGGCCCCCAAAACCUCCCCGAAUCCUCCAGCGGAGGAAGCCCCCCCUUCUUAUACAGUAACUGAUUCUACCGUUACGCCAACGGCUCAAGAUCUCAAUGCUGCCUUCAACAACCUCAAGCUGUCCGAUGCUCCGUCCGAAGUUCCUACAACGGAACAAUGCCUCGCGCACCUCAAAUUGCUCUCCGCCUUUCAUACGUUGAAAGAGGAUAUUGGAUAUACAGACGGUCUAUUCAAUCUUUGGGAUGCGAGAUGUGAGAUGGCGGAACAACGAGAUCAAGCUUUGGUUAAGAUGCGGGAGAAGAGGUGGGCCAUCUACAUUGCGAGGGCCGUCGAGCGAUUCCAGGAUUGGUGGAUCGAGGUGUUGUGCCCCAUGGAUCAAGCCGAAAGGCUGCAGUGCAAGAGCAUGGUUGAUUCAAACUCAAGAUUCCGAGAGAUUACUGAGAGAGGAAGGGUAAUAAAAUGGACUGGUGAGAUGUUACCUCCGCUUGAUGUGCUCAUGGUGUGGCACGCCUUUAUGCUUAAUCCCCGGAAUUACCUUGAAGACUGUGUUCGAUUCGGACUUAUCAAUAUAUGGGCCACAGGUUUGCCGUGGCCUGCUGUGGAUGCAGUCAUCGAUACGAGUUUCAAUUACGAGGUCCCGGAGGAAGGCAAGGUCUCUUUUGUUAACAAGACAGGUCAUAACUGGAGCAAUGCCGAAGAUCCUUCCACGAAGACGCUCAACUGCCCGAGAUGUUUCCAGACACUCGAGAUUCCGUGGACAACCUGUGGCAUAAGCGAGAAACCCUCUGUUCAAGAGAUUACAGAAUUACGUGGCACCGGAUAUGGCGAUAGAGACCUCUCGCAUAUUUGCCACAGGUGUGGAGGUAUGGUUGAUCAUGGUUUGUUGCGGGUAGCUAAGUUCAAGAAGGAGACGGAAAAUCUUAUCUUGAAAGAUUGGCCCCUUGGAGGCACCAUCUUGGCUCCUACGACUGGGGCGACUGAUGCUCCAUUGAACCAGGAAUGGAAUAGUCACCCUACUACUUUCCCAAACCGCCUUGUCGCUAUGCAACUGAGGUCAAAAGUCCUCGAGCUAAUUACCCCGGAUGCCAGAGGCAAUCCAAACAUGGACGAUGUCAAGGCCCUCAUCGAAAAGGCAAUACAGAACAGAGCAAUUAUAAAGAAGGUCAACCAUAGGUCAACUUUUGAAAGUGGUCUCUUGAAGCGACCCGAACGGCUAGCGAUUCGGAAGAUGAUGUCUCGAUAUUGGGAGAAUACCUCCAUAUUUGCACUCGAGCUAGGAGGUGCCGUAAUCCGACAGAGCAUAUUCGUGGAUAAGAUGCAUGGCAUUGACUGGCUCCAUAGUCCUGCUGCGCAACAGACAAUGGACCGUUUGAUUACGAAAUACCGGCGUUUUGUCCAACUCAUGGCCACUUACCCACUCCAUACCGCAGUCCCGACUCUUGACGUUGACUUAGCCUGGCACACCCACCAACUAUCUCCAAAGUCCUACUACGAUUUUACCAUGAAGCAUUGCAAGAAAUAUAUCGAUCAUGAUGACAAGAUAUCUGAGGACGUCCUAGAAACGGGGUUUGAAUGGACCAGCAAAAUGUACGAGAAGCAUUACCAGGCGGUUUAUUCCGAAUGCACUUCAAUACGCUCCAAACAUAUUUCAAGCUCAGGCAAGAUCUUCGGUACCUCGAAACAUGAAAAGAUCUCAAAUAACUUCUACGAGUCUGGAAAAGCGAAUCUCUGCCCUCCCUCCAAUUCCGCACAUAUCUCCUCUCACAACGCCGUCAAGGUCGCUGAAGAUGCUAUCAAUCUAGCCGUUUAUGAGCGUUUGCGUUUACGCCGGCAACAAGACCUUGAUACCGCCUAUGACAAGGCGCGAAGAAGAGCGAGAGCAAGGGGCCGUGACAUCCCGCCGAAGGAUCAGUAUUACUACGGGGCCUGGGGCUACCCGUAUUUCAUGUAUGGACCGUACAUGAGUAUUGGUAUGAUGGGUGGCAUGUAUUAUGCGGCCGAUCCAUGCGUGAUGCCUGUUGGCGCUGGCAUGACCGGGAGUUGUGCAGCCGGUACAUGUGGUGGUGGAGUUGCCGCUGGCGGAUGUGGUAGCCCAGGCGGUUGCGGUGGAGGCGGAGGAGGUGGUUGUGGUGCCUCUGGGGGGUUUGGUGGGUGUUCAGGAGGAGGGGGAGGUGGCUGCGGCGGCGGCGGCGGCGGUGGAUGUGGUGGCGGCGGAGGGACUUGA